UCAGAACCGCGGACAGACGCGCACAGCGAGCGUCGGUUCAUUCGUGUCACAGCUCGGCAGCACCUCGGAGCCGAGGCAGGAACGCUUCUCCAAGAAAAAAACACAAAUGUUGCUGUUCACGUAAAAUUAAUAAAAUCUGCUCCCAGAAAAGGAGAAUCUGUUUAGUUGUAAAUGAAUAGGAAUGCAAAGAAACGAGCGACACAAAAUAUGAAAAACUAAAAUAAUUACAUAUUAAUACAAACGUCAGACUGUCGACUCACUGACAGCGCGCUUUACGCACAUUCCUCCGCGGUGUAUGUUAAUUUAAUCACACUCCAGCGACGCGGUCGGGGAGGACCGGGAGAAGAAGGACACACCGACUCGCUGACAACCGAAAGAGGCUCGACCCGGGGCCACGGAGCGACCGACCUCUGCGCAAGAUGCGUUUGUUUCUGCUGGCCGUUUUUUUCUCCUGCUCCUGUGCGCGGGGCGGCUGUGAGCCGAAGAUGGUGAAUAUCGGCGCCGUCCUGAGUCAGAAGAGGUAUGAACAGGUGUUCAAGGACGCGGUCACACAAGCCAACAACAUAUACGGAAAAGACAAGUUCAAGCUGAACGCCAUCUCGGUCACUCACAAACCCAACGCGAUCCAGAUGGCUCUUUCUGUGUGCGAAGACCUCAUCUCCAGCCAGGUGUACGCCAUCCUGGUGAGCCACCCCCCGCAGUCCAAUGAUCACCUGACCCCCACGCCCGUGUCCUACACUGCAGGGUUCUACCGCAUCCCCGUGGUGGGGCUCACCACCCGCAUGUCCAUCUACUCGGACAAGAGCAUCCACCUGUCCUUCCUGCGCACCGUACCGCCCUACUCCCAUCAGGCUCAGGUGUGGUUCGACAUGAUGCGCGAGUUCCGCUGGAACCACAUCAUCCUCAUCGUCAGCGACGACCACGAGGGCCGGGCGGCCCAGAAGAGGCUGGAGACCCUGCUGGAAGAGAGGGAGACCAAGAGUAAAAACAGGAACUAUGAAAACCUCGACCAACUGUCCUAUGACAACAAGCGAGGACCCAAGGCAGAGAAAGUCCUCAUGUUCAGCCAGGACACCAACCUGACGGCCCUGCUGCAGGAAGCCAAGGAGCUGGAGGCCCGCGUCAUCAUCCUCUCCGCCAGUGAGGAAGACGCAGCUGCAGUCUACAAAGCGGCACGCCAGCUGAACAUGACGGGCUCCGGGUACGUGUGGAUGGUCGGAGAGAGAGAGAUGUCCGGUAAAGCCUUGAGUGAAGCGCCAGAUGGUCUGAUCGGUCUCCAGCUGAUCAACGGAAAGAACGAGUCGGCGCACAUCAAUGACGCGGUGGCCGUGGUGGCGCAGUCUAUCCAGGAGCUCUUUGAGAAGGAGAACAUUACGGAGCCGCCGCGGGGGUGCGUGGGAAACACCAACAUCUGGAGGACUGGGCCGCUCUUCAAACGAGUCCUGAUGUCCUCCAAGUACGCAGACGGUCUGACGGGACGGGUGGAGUUUAACGACGAUGGAGACAGGAAGUUCGCCCAUUACAGCAUCCUCAACUACCAGAAGACUCGGCUGGUGCAAGUGGGCGUGUACAAUGGCACGCAGGUGGUGUUAAACAGUCAGAGGAAGAUCAUCUGGCCUGGGGGGGAGACAGAGAAACCCAGAGGCUAUCAGAUGUCCACCAGACUAAAGAUAGUCACCAUCCAUCAGGAGCCCUUUGUCUACGUAAAGCCCACUCUGUCAGAUGGGACAUGCCGAGAGGAGUACACUGUCAACGGAGUCCUGAUCAAGAAGGUCAUCUGCACGGGCCCCAACGAAACCAUCCCAGGCCGUCCCAUUGUACCCCAGUGCUGUUUCGGCUUCUGUAUUGACCUCCUGAUCAAGCUGGCCAUGACUAUGAACUUCACCUACGAGGUUCACCUGGUAGCUGAUGGGAAAUUUGGGACACAGGAGCGUGUGAACAACAGCAACAAGAAGGAGUGGAAUGGCAUGAUGGGAGAACUCCUGGGGGGUCUGGCUGACAUGAUUGUGGCCCCCCUCACAAUAAACAACGAGCGAGCCCAGUACAUAGAGUUCUCCAAGCCUUUCAAGUACCAGGGGCUCACCAUCCUGGUGAAAAAGGAAAUCCCGCGCAGUACGCUGGACUCCUUCAUGCAGCCGUUUCAGAGCACGCUGUGGCUACUGGUGGGGCUGUCGGUACACGUGGUGGCGGUGAUGCUCUACCUGUUAGACCGCUUCAGCCCGUUUGGAAGGUUCAAAGUGAACAGCGAAGAGGAAGAGGAAGACGCCCUCACUUUGUCCUCGGCGAUGUGGUUUUCCUGGGGAGUGCUGCUGAACUCUGGGAUUGGAGAAGGUGCACCGCGCAGCUUCUCAGCGAGAAUCCUGGGCAUGGUGUGGGCGGGGUUUGCCAUGAUCAUUGUGGCUUCCUAUACUGCCAACCUGGCUGCCUUCCUGGUGCUGGACCGGCCUGAGGAGCGCAUCACCGGCAUCAACGACCCGCGGCUGCGUAACCCAUCUGAUAAGUUCAUCUACGCCACGGUGAAGCAGAGCUCUGUGGAUAUCUACUUCCGGCGGCAGGUGGAGCUCAGCACCAUGUACCGCCACAUGGAGAAGCACAACUACGAGAGCGCCGCCGAGGCCAUCCAGGCUGUGCGCGACAACAAGCUGCACGCCUUCAUCUGGGACUCCGCGGUGUUGGAGUUCGAAGCUUCACAGAAGUGUGACCUGGUGACGACUGGGGAGCUGUUCUUCCGCUCCGGUUUUGGAAUCGGCAUGCGGAAGGAUAGUCCCUGGAAGCAGAACGUGUCGCUGUCCAUUCUCAGCUCCCAUGAGAAUGGCUUCAUGGAGGACCUGGAUAAGACCUGGGUCAGGUACCAGGAGUGUGACUCCCGGAGCAACGCCCCGGCAACACUCACUUUUGAGAACAUGGCAGGUGUGUUCAUGCUGGUUGCCGGGGGCAUUGUGGCUGGCAUCUUCCUCAUCUUCAUCGAGAUCGCAUACAAGCGGCACAAGGAUGCGCGCAGGAAGCAGAUGCAGCUGGCCUUCGCAGCUGUCAACGUCUGGAGGAAGAACCUGCAGGACAGUAAGGAGGCUCAGGGGAGUCAUGGCCUCCAGCCCGGGACUCCCAGAUUAGAUAGAAAAAGUGGUAGAGCAGAGCCCGACCCCAAAAAGAAAGCUUCUUUUAGGUCCAUCAGUACCUCCCUGGCCUCCAGCAUCAAGAGACGUAGGUCCUCCAAAGACACGCCAUACCCAACUGACAUAACGGGCCAGCUGAACUUAUCGGAUCCGUCUGUCAGUACUGUCGUGUGAAAGAGGGAGAGAUUGGGGGCCGUUUGGACCAGGGGGAGGGGCCUGAACUGGACCAGAACCACUGAUCCAUCGCUGCUUCAUCUGAGCCACAGUCCACCGGAUCGCAGUCACGUGGAGAUACCUGGACAUACCUGUCCUCACAGGACAUACCUGUCCUCACAGGACAUACCUGUCCUCACAGGACAUACCUGCCAUUUGGGCUGAACCUCACUGAGCCUCACCCUGAAACACUGAGCUUGCACUGGUUCCAGCCCUCACCUGUCAGCACCGAAUCCCACUGACACACUGCCACACCCCAACACUCCUCCCCUCCAAGGUCCAGACCAGCAAAAUAAUAGCUGUCCACUCAGAACGCCUGAUUUAAACUGUCAAACAUAUCACAAACACACAUUCAGGCCUUCUUUCUGUUUGUGGAAAUCUGAUAAGAUGAACUGAAGGAAAUAAUGUGCUUAUUCAAAGUCAAAAGAUGAUGUGCUACUAUUUAUGAAAAGGUUUAUUAUUAUUUAUUUGGGACCCUGUAUAGCAGUUAUGUGAACUAUAUUACUUGUUGUAUAUGUCUUACUACCUCCACAUAUUUAAGCAAAUUUUCGAUAUGUAGCCUAUUUGAUACACUAUUAUGGCAGAGUAUUUACAUUAUGUUCUCUCGUCUGGCGUAGGCGGCUCGCAGGACUUUUUGCACAGAGAGUUUGUGCAGUCUCUAUGCUCCAUGCCCAGCCUGGGCUGCAUUCAGCCACACCAACAUCCUGCCGAACGGCUAGCACCAAAACACCGCUGAGUUUCCGCAGGAGUUGGUGUAGCUGAACACACCUCAGGUGUAGUCAUGGCUUCUUUACCCAAUAAUGCUGCAAUCAUAGCGGAUUGGAAUUAUUUGUUCACACAUGUGUACAUAUCUGCUUAUAUGAUGCAUAUAUGUAUGUGUGUGUGAACAAAUUAUCCAGAUCCAGAUGGGGCCACUGACAGUUGCUCCCUUUGCAGUAGUAGAGCUCUGCUUUUCAGUCCGUUUCAGCUGUGCUGCUUACCAUCUGCCUGUGGCUAGGAAGUGGUUUAAAAACCACAUUCCAGUCAAAAGAAGGAAGAGCAAAAGACUUUUAUAGCCUUUAUCUGUAUUUGGUAUAUAAAAACCUGAAUCUGUGAUUUGUAAUGAUAUUUAUCUCUCUUAAGGUACACACCUGUACAGUGAUUGCAGUAUAUAGUAGUGGUUUUCUUUCCUCUCUCUUCUCUCUCCCUCACUCUUUCUCUCUUUCAGAGGUUUUCCUCCAUCACAGCUUGCUCUUUCUUGUAAAAUGUGUGGAAGUAUUUCUACAUCCAGGACUAUCAUGUCAAUAAGAGAUGCUGAAUUUUAACACUCAGCAUACAGUGUUUGUACUGUAGUUUACACACUUGGAUAGAUGCAAAAUGGGACAUUUCCCAGGGUAGGGAGACAAGCCUCAAACCGCCGCACCACACCCUGUCUGCUGGGACAGCACCUUAGAGCAGAGACACACUCUAUCGCACUUUUGUCUUAAACAAUCAAUACGAGGGCUUUGCUAUUUCUUGUUAGAAAUUAAGAAUGUGAAAUAUAUGUUUUAACUGUAACUAGAUUUGAACGUGUAUGUGCAGUUGAAGAAACCAAGUCUGAUGUGUUGCAAAGCUUUCAGAGAGACAUGGCAAUAUGUGUCUGAGACUGCACUUCAGACAGACCAGGACUUUGUUUGUAUAGCUUACUGUAGAUUGGGGGUCUGUGAGCUAAGUUCUGUUCCUUUGUUAUGUAAAGCUAAAACUGUGAAAUCUAAAACUCCAUUCAUGUAAAAUGUAUAAUCUCAGCAUCGGAUCUACGGGAUAGUGGUAGCUGCUUUUGUUAAUGCUUUCAAACUGUGUAUAUAUAUCAAACCAUAAAUAUUUAUUGAUAUUUGAAUGAAGAGUUAUCUUUUGACUAUAUUAGAGACUGAUCAUGCACUACAGCUCUGCUUGCAGAGCAGAUGUGUUUUUCAGUGAGUGUUUUGUAGGAGUGACACUUUGUUUGUGUGGGUAUGCGAUAAUGGAGUGCCCGUGAAAACAUCAGCAGUUUUGCUACAGAGAAGUUCAGGGGUUACUUCAGGUGAAAGUCAGUGUUGUCUGGCACUGUUUUAUGGACAUGGAUGCCCCAGUGCAUCCUGGGAGCCUCCUGCUGAUCUGCACUCUUCCGGUUCUUUCUCUUUCAGGGCUAAGGAUGAGUUAGUUUAACUUGUCUCUCAUUACAUAUUCUGUGCCACCAAUGUGCUUUGAUAAAUCUGAACAUCAUUCCUAUUUUGUGUCAAAGAUAAGAGAAUAUGUCUUUCAAAUAAUAACAGUUAUAAUAAUAAAACA